AUGCCAAAGCAAUCGCCAACAGGAGACACGACUGGCGGUACCACAUCCGAUCACAAAAGGUUCAAGAGGAGCAACAUUGUUGGCGGUCCUGGAGUUGACCACAAGACCACCUCGAAAAUACACUCAAGCAAAUUGGACGUGGAAACGGUGGUGGAUGAUGGGACAGAUGAUUACCUACACCAAGGAUUCCGAACAGACAAAGAUGCUUUCGUCGACACUCUUACCAGUUCAAGCUCAGGCCAUGCAGACAUCCAGUCGAUCCAAGAGACAGCCGAGAUAACCGGCAAGAUUGUGCUAUUGAGCCGAGGCGGUUGUGGUUUCCUCGAAAAAGUGAAAUGGGCACAGCGGCGCGGGGCUAUUGCACUCAUCGUUGGUGAUAACCAAAAAGGCGGGCCACUCAUUCAAAUGUCCGCACGCGGUAAUGUUGAUAACGUUACUAUCCCAUCUGUUUUUACCUCUAGAACUACUGCCCACCUUCUAUCCUCCUUGAUGCAACCGGGAAGCUUCCUUCAAGAUAUUCUCGAUGAGAGCGGUUAUCCGGUUUCAAACGCCCAGCAUUCAGGCAAGACCAAGAAAAGAAAAUCGUCUAAAUGGCCCACAAAGCACGCCAGGUCUCUCCCUGCAACAAACGCCAAACGACAGUUGACCAAGGUGACAGGUCCCCAGGGAAGCGUGUCAGAAAGUGGUGCUGAAUCCAGCCCUUCGCAUAGGAGCUGGUUUUCACGGCUCCUGCACUGGGGCACCGGGAGUGACACUGCAACUGAUAAAAGCCGGCCUCCAAGCAGCGGGUCUUUGGAUUGGGUCAUAGUGGACGACUGGAGUGAUGAAAAAGAUAAAGUUAUCAAAACCGGCCUUGACAAGGCUUCCAAGAGCAGUGGCGAUGACUCUGCGUUGGGUUCAGACUCUGGCAGGAACCGUGAAGAUGGCUUCCAGAUUGGAGUUCAGGAUUGGCGCGACCCUGAUUUGGCUUCGUCUUCCUCCAAAAACAGCGCAUCCUCUGCUCGCCUAGGUGGCGAUAGUUCGGCCGAUAAUGAGCAACAGGGCGGUACUUCCGGUGCUUCCUCAAAGAAAUCCGGCAAGACUAGUCAAAGUGAUGGGACUGGACCUCAAGGAGGCAGCAUUACUCCUGGCAGUGGCCGAUACGACCCCGAGGCUUUAGCAGGCUCGCAGUCAGGACAACGGAACUCCGAUUCGUCUCCAGGCUCCUCAGGUGGUUUGAUGUCCAAGAUAUUUGGUGACGACAACGGCGAAGAUUUCUUUCCCUAUGAAGCUUCAUCUUCGUACACCGAGAAACCGUCUCCAUCUCCAGCUGCGCUCAACCGGGCGGGACAUCACGAAGGUUUAUGGAUUACUAUAACACCCACAAGCGGUGCCAGUCCAUUUUUCGACACUCUUCUUGUUCUAGUAAUCAGCCCUCUUAUUACGCUGACAGUCGUCUACGCUCUUCUUAUACUACGUGCCAAAAUCCGUAGACGGAGGUGGAGGGCCCCGAAAUCCGUCGUGGAACGUCUUCCGGUACGGACUUACCAUACCGUCCCUCGUUCGCCAAGUCAAUCGUCGCGGGUGCCAUCUCCCAGCGGGGCUUCAACCCCUACGACACCACUACUCCAAGGACCAUCUCGUUCAUCUCGGCCAAGGUCCCGUACAACGACGGGAGUCCCUGAACACGCGGACUUGUUGAGAGUGGACAGUGCCCUGCAAGCGGCAAGGGUGCCGGCCCACGAGAAGGGAGCCACCCGCGCUAGCCAGUGGAAGAAGUACAUGGGACGGCAGAGAGAGUGUGCCAUUUGUUUGGAGGAGUACGUGGAUGGUGUUAGCAGAGUAAUGAGCUUGCCCUGCGGUCAUGAGUUCCACGCGGAAUGCAUAACGCCCUGGCUCACCACUAGGCGCCGCACAUGUCCUAUCUGCAAAGGCGAUGUUGUCAGGUCCUUGGCACGAGGGUCUUCGUCUAACCCACGAUACGAGCCAUAUCGCGAUGACGAUAGUGAUGAGGAUGACGGUGGCGAGGCUUCUGGAUCCGGGGACCCCAUGUUCAGAUCCGACUCUCCGGCGAGAAACACAGAUGUUGAACAAGGAAGGGCUGCGGCGUCAGCUCCCGAGAGAGGGCGCGACGGGUUUGAUGUUAGCGAUGGAUGGUUCAGCGCCUUGUCGAACAGUCUCGGAGCUAGGCCCACCUUUCUAAGCCGGAGGACAGACAAUUCGUGA